GAUUGGCAGUAAUAUCAAAGUGUGCGGUAUACUUGCAAAUACGUCAAUGUUAUUUUUACUCAGCUCUACUUCAAAAGGUUGAUUUUUAGAGUUCCGUCUGCCUUGUUUUUUAUCGAUAACAAUUGAUUUUACCUCAAACUCGUGCUUUUGGCUUUGAAUUAAGCACGAACCCAAAGUAUAAUGCUUUUCUUAACCAUACUUUUGUAUAUUGUGUAUCAUUAGACAGUUACUUUGUAUCAGUCUUGUUUAACUAAUUAAAAGCCUAUUUUUAGAUGCGUGUUCCUGACCCCUUGGCUUCUCUGGUGAAUGUGAAGCCACGUCCAGAGUAUCGAAGCUUCUUGAACCGAUGUAGUAAAUUACGCGAUAGAUAGUAUUCCUUCUUACUGAUAAUAUUAUGUGAAUGAAGUAUGUACUCCUAGGCUCUCCUCUGGCAAAGUAUUUACUACAACAAUUUCACUACUCUAAGAAUUCGUGUCAAAAUAGAUGUUUCACACUUGAGAUGAAUUCAGAAGAUGCAAAAGGUUAUUCGAGAUUAUUACCAAAUUUCACAGCAUUCCCUGAAAAACUAAAAUUUCACCCUACAUGAUACGAACGGCUGGGAGGCUUUUAGUAACUUUUAACUACUUCUAAUUCUAGGUUAUUUGUUAAGUACAUGUUUAUGAGCUAACGAUUAUGACUGUUUCCAGGGGCUUGUAGUCGUAGCCAGGUUCUAUGACCUAAUUAGGUAGUGUUAAAAAUUCUGAUGUGAACGAGAACAAAGUUCCAAACCUACGAAGCUACUACGUUAUUGGUUAUUAUUUAUGCCUGUUAUCUUCGAUCGGCAGCCUAUGCCGACCAGAUAACUCCAACCAACUGUCAUGAUCUCUCCCUUCCAGUCUUUCCCAAAUGAUACUCACUUCUCUGACAUCUGACCCCAAUUCUCAGCGCGGCAGUCUUCUUUGCCUCUUUCCCGCUUCUCUUAACUCCAAGAUAGGGCUUGACCCUAUGCAGUUUGAUUUUCAUGCAGUGCCACCGAUCGUCUCGAGUGUCUCCCUAAUUUCCUGCUCAUAUGAAAGCCAGUCUAUUCGCUGACACAAUGGGUUCUUCCUCAUGAUGUCUGGCUAAUGGAUAUGGAGAGUUUCUUCUGAAUAGCUAUUUAUAAAAACCUGUUACUUUUUUCAUGUUGGUUGUAAUAGUUUUCCAUGUUUCAUCUCCCCACAAUAAAGCUUUCAACGUUCUUAUUAAAAAUUCUGACUUUGGAAUGCGUUUACGAGCUGUCCUCUAGACACAACUUCGCAUUUCAGUCACUCGUAAGAUUUCCAUAUGAUGGUGAUAGUCUCGUCAGGUACUCCAUAAUGUUAAGGGAGGUUCCACGAAACCUUCCUAUCUACACUGUCGAAUGUUUUCUCGUAGUUGAAGAGGCUGAUGUAUAGUGACGAGCUUCAUUCAAUCGGUUGCUUGGCGAUGAUCCGAAGUGUCGCAACUCGGUCGGCACAUGGUCGAUCCAUACGAAACUCGUUUUGUUGAUCUUAAGGUUGGGUGUCCAUUGAAUUUUUUCGUUUGGUCUCGCAACACUGUUGGAAACUCUCUUGUACUGAUAAUAUUGUGAUGCAUCCGUAAUUCUCGCACUCGAUCAAAUUUCCCUUCUUUGGUAUUCUGUUCAGGUACCCUUCUUUCUGGUUUGUUGGUAUUUAUACUUCCUCCUAAAUCUUUCCCAAUAGGACGUAGAGCAUCUUUUCAGUUACCUCUAUAUCUGGUUCUGUUAUUCCGUCAUUCUUGAUUUGUUUGACUAGUUUGCUGAUUUCCCCUGUUGUUGGUGCGUUGACAUCUAUACAAAUGUCCGUGUGGGUUACUUUGAUGUCCGGUGGGAUUUUGACGAUGGUCUAUUCAAGAGCAUUUCAAAGUGUUCUACCCACCUGUUCCGCUGUUCUUGAAUUUCAUUGAUUGGCUUGCCAUCAUUGUCCAUAGUGGUGUCUCUGGUUUUCCAUAUCUUUUUGCUAGCUCCGCUACAUCACAUAGUUUUCUCACAUUUUCUUCUCUUGCAGCUUUUUCUGCCGCAACUAUCUGGUGCUCUAAAUAUUUUCGCUUGUCAGAUCUGUAGCAAGUCUUCACUCGUUUGUCUAUGUUCAUGUAUUAAUCCUAUGCCUUCAAUUUCUUUGUUUUUAAUUGACCGUUAUUGAUUGUUGUUUUUUGUUUCUUGGAUCUUGUUCAAGGUAUCUGUAGAGAUCUCUUUAUUAAUAAUUGCCUGUAGUCUAAUAGAUAACAAUAAGGUUUUACUCCAUAGCACACAAUUUGGUGUCAUGCAAGGGUUAGGUUUUAAAUGAUACCACAAACGUAUGUGUAAACUCUCCUUAGGACAAAAAUAUGUACGCUUUGUAUUUGCCCAUCAACUGACAUCUACUAAUAGGCUCGGUUUGAUACUUUCAGUAUAAUGGUGUUGAAGGAACUUAUACUUUAUCUCCUCUUAGCCACUCCUACUAACUGAUCUUUUGUUCUUCCAAGUUCGUAUGAUCAAUGUGUAGAUUAGUAUUUUCCCAUAUCCAAGAACUGUCUUUUACAAUUUAUAUGCAAAUUUCAAUCAAGUUUUUUGUUUCUCCCGGAUGAUGUUUAAAUCGUGCACUCCUGUGUUAUUGAUGUAAGCUGUCUAUGUUUGUGUUUACAAUAGCACUUGAAUUUUCGAACCACUGAUGAUAUUUCACAGGGAAGCUUGUAAUUAUCCACCCUACAAUUAAUAUCAUUAGCUUUAUUUAUCUAAUAAGGUGAGGCAGAGAUAAUGGUUGACUUUGCUGCAGUUGGAACGCUAAAAACAAUUCCGUCGAGAGAAACACUAACGAAGCUUACGAGUUUCUGGAAAUUUCGAGCAAAAAGUCGAACUUGCUUUCUGCAUGCAUGUCGAUGCUCCUCACUCCGUUCCUACCAGUACCUAUCUUACGGGCGAUGAGCGAAUUGGUUAAAUCUAUAGACUGUAUCAGUUAUUUCAAAACCUGGGUCGACCCUAAUAAUAGUCCCCAACAAAAUUUCAGCAUUACAGAUGCUUAACCAGCUUCCAUAAACUCCCACAUAUGCUGUGUACCAGCAGGCGGAUAUAUGGCUCCAUAGUUCAUUCAAUUCUAUUAUAUGGCUUUUAUAUAUAGUCAUCAACGGUAAGACGUCUACAUCUACCACGAGUAUUCAGUCACAAGUAUAGUAAUAGAACCAUCAGGUAAAUUAUAUUUAGUGCAAAGUUUUAGACAAAUGGACUGUAAAUUAAGUAAAAGUUCAGAACCUCCCUUCCUUAGUUCAAGCAACUAAGUCAUAACUAACUUUCGAACAAAGUGUGAUUCAAAGAUAAAUAUAUGGACCUGGACGUAUUCGCUGAACAACGUCGCUAUUAGAUGAGCUGAUCAGAUUACGAAUCCAUAUACCAAUGUGGGCCAUGUCAGUCACACCAUACAUAAAAAUUCGCCACCUACGCCGAGCCAUGAUAUUGGCUUAAGUAGAACUAUUAUUAAAUAAAACCCUGUACUUGAGUUAGCACGUGGUCGCACAUAGUUUUCCAAGAUUGUGGUAGCUGGUAACUAUUUCUCAUAGUUUCUAUUUCAAUUGUUUGCCAUAUUUUCGAUUCUAUGCUCCUCAUUUCGAUUUCCUCUCACUGUGCUGAUAUAUAGUGUGGAAUCGUGGACCUAUAUACCUUUCUAAGGUAUCGAGUUGGAGUCAAGCAAAAGCCUCAGUCAUCCUAAUGGGUUUUGUUACGUUUCCCUUUAUCUACAAUUUCCAACUUGGUUUGACAAUGAACAGCAAGAAUGAAUUUAGAUUGAGAGUGUACAGAAGUAAGAACACAACCGUUUGUAUAAGAAAGGAGGUGCUAACUUCUAACAUGUAUAUUAUUGGUUGCGAUAAAAAUGUCUCAAUCAUUUCUAAAUGUCAACGAGCACUGGUUGAUUAAAAGGUCAUCCUCUCACUAGACACAUGAGGUCCAUUAGUUAAAAACUGAUCUUCCUAACAUGUUACACGUAAGAAGUAAGAUUUGUCACCUCUUGAAAUUAGUAUGUAUUAUUUGGAAAACUAAACAGUGAGAAUUACUUAAUAACAUCUAAAAGUCGCGGGGAGAUAUAAUAUACUGGCGUGUCACUAUCUGAAAGUUAUUUAUAUUACAUCCAUGAAAAAUUAGAUCUAUCAGUCUGUACGUUGGUGAAUGAUUUCAUUCACUUAAAGCAGUUUCAAAUCUUUCUUACUAAAAGUAGGAAAGUGGUUAGUUUAUAUCCAGUUUUUCAUUCCUUAAUACAAGUAAUAAAGAAGGUUUCUACUUGUAAAUGAAUGUCAAAGUUAUGGUAGUUAUUACCACGGGACAAAUUGUCAGUUAUUCACUAGUUUAGUGGUUUAGCAGAGACUUCUUUAAUGUUAUUAACGUAUUUCAGAUCUUUCUUAAAUAUAGUCUCAUGCUAUAGGCCCCCACUAACCACGAUGAUAUCUAUUUUGUGCAGUAAACGUGGAUACGUUCACUUUUCUAAUUACUUUGUUAAUUCUUUAACAUCCGUUUGAGAUGAAUUGCUUGUUUGUCUUACCAUAUUUAGAUUGUAAAUGCUUUUUAAACUACCAUAUAUCUGUGGUUAGAGUAAAAAUUAUUUUUAAUGGUAAUAAUUGUAAUAGUAGCCUGAUAUUCAUUCUUCGAUAAUUUCAUAGCAUUCAUCUAUGAUUGGUUAAUAAAAUAGUAUAUUUUUAUGUAUUAUCUGAUUGACUUUGACUGAAACAUUUCUACCUAUCAAAUGUGUUGUCAAAUUUAUGUCUAGCCACAUACUAAAAACAUUAUUAGAAUGUAGAAAGAAAAUUUUCGUUUUAUCUAACAGUUUUAUUAAAAAAACCUAAUUAUUAUCGAAGUUCAUAUAAUUCCUGUCUCAUGUUUGCUAGCUUACGUCGUAUAUUUUUACGUCAUUAUCAUCAUCUGUUUCGUUUAUCGCAGCUUAUGGAUUGUUCUCAAAACUUUCUGUUAUUCAUUUAUCUUUCUUAGAAAGGGAUUUAUUUUAUCGUCUUCUAAUUGAUAGAGAAUUUGACUUCAAAUUUAAUUUGAUUAGUUUUAAAAAAUUUCAAUGACUAUUAAAUAAAACACUACUGGUGUUUUAAAUUGAGAUUUUAUUGUACUUGCAAAUCACCAAUAUUGUGUUGUCAUAUCAAGUGGUUUUAUCUUUCUAAAUUGUUUCUUUUUAGUUGUUUAAAUGUCAAUUGUGUUUUUGAUGCAUACAUGCAUACCUUCAAUGAAUUGUAUAGUUGGAAAUGAUCUCGUGUACAACGAAUGUCUGCUAAUGGUAUAUGAAACAUGUAUUAAUCCAUCAAUAUUUAGUACAUAGUUUGAAAAAAAUAUAUAGAAUAUACUGUACAGUAAACUAUUAUAAUACUCGAGUGAUUUACCUGUAUGCUUCUUAUUGUUAAUUUAUCCAGUUCAUCAUCGUUUCUUUCUCAAAUCACGGUGUAUAACUAUUUUUCGAAUUGUAUACUAUCAACAAUUCGGAGAUUACGUCUGUUGAACACUAAAUAUCAAUCUAUAGCAUUCACGUUAUAUUUUACUGUUGAAAUUAUUUCCUUUACAUUAUUAUUUUUACUAAUUUCGGUUUCAUUAAUGCACUUACAGUUUACAAACAAUGUUAUUUGGUGCAAUAGUAUUAACAAAUGCUAGAAAAAAUAAAUUAUUCUUUUCUCUAUGGAAAAAUAACUCGAAAUGCAUAUCGUGGUAGAAAAAAAAUAUGGUGAUUGAUAUUCAUCGAUAUGAUACAAAAUCUUCAUUCUUGUGGGCUGUCGUCCCAAUUUCAAAUUCUUACUGUUAUUUCUAAUUAGUGAUUGAAUUAUAAGUGGCUACCACAAUGGAUGAUAAUGAUGACCAGUCAAUUUUCCAAAGGUUAUUCUGGUGUAUCUAUCAGAAACGAUGUCAUGAUUCUUCUGGGCAAAAGGAAUCUGAACUUACAGUGGAUACAGAAAAAAUAAUACAUGUAGACAAAUCUUCUACGAUACAAAAAAAUUAUGCUUCAUUAACUAAUGCUGAAAAUUUAGACAACCUUACCAAUAAUAAAACUUCGCUUCUUGGACUUUUAAAAUUUUGCGGCAUUUCUACUGAUUGUUGCCCAAUACUUCAAUUGCAUACAAAAACUCCUGACAAUGUUGUUCGGUUGAAUUCACCUAGUAAACAAUAUGGUACAAACUCAUUGGAUGGUACUGUUGAUUCAGUUCAAGAAUCGAAGGAUUUGGAAUCUGUUAUAAAAAAGUCUCCCGUAUCACUUUCUCCAUCAAUCGCUAAUCGUCGAUAUCAGACACCUCCUCCACAUUUACUUACUUCUUCGAUCAUGGCAACCAGUCCACCAGUUGAAACUCAGUUGUAUCAUAUUCAACCUAAAGAAUUUGUAUUCACUCAAGCAUGUAAACCAAUGCCUAGUUCACUUAUGUUACAGAAUAAUAGUUUGGGUGCAUUCACACUUACUCCAACACAACUUUUUCACAAUCCACUCAUAUUAAAUACAUCAGCUGAUGUUUUACAUUCUCAUUGUACACCGUGCGAAUCACAAUCUGCACCAUGUAGUCAAACUUUAAUCACAACGCAACCGUUACCUUUAUUAAAUUUACCCUAUAGUCAUGUUACCUGUCCCAAUUCAGAUACAGUUACUCAGGAAUUAAAUCAGUCGUCAUGUACUAACACUACUAGUUGUACUGGUGGUAGUACACAAGUCCCGAAAACCUAUCCAGGCAUUGGAUUCACUGCGAGUCGUCGAGCGCGAUCCAAAGGUCUUUUGGAAAGUCGUAGAGGAUCACGUACAUCACUUACAUUAUCUUUAUCUCCGUCAAUUGAUUCCCCUACUCCUAGCUAUUCUGUAGGAUCAGCACAGUUUAGUGUAUUUGGUGGCAGUCUUGAUGAAGAUCCAUGCACAGCUGAAGUUUUGUCAGAAGAAAAUGAAUCUGGUAAUAAUAUUGAUUCUGUUAAUAAUAUUGAUAACUCAAACAUUUUACAUGAUAAUAGUAUGAGUAGUUCUAAUAAUAAUAAACAGGUAAACUCCCGGUGUAAUUAUUUACAAUCAUUAAAUUCUUUUUCACACACUACAAUUAUACCAAAACAACAACAACAAAAUUUCACGACAACUAUUUCACCAUCAACAUCUUCAUCUAGUACGUGCAAUAAUGGCAUUGUUAAUUCUCAACACAAUAAUUCAAUUAAUGAUACUCAAGUUGGAUUAAUUAAUAAAGGACAAUAUUUUGUGAAUAAUCGAUGUAAUUACAUGUGUUUUCAUCAUCAUCACCAUCAUCAUCAUCAUCGGCAUCAUUUUCAUCAUUUUGCUAUACAUCAUUGUAAAUUAGACACUGGUUUCCCUUGUUCAUUAGGCAAUUUAACAUGUCAACGUAAUCGGGAUUUAGAACAAUUAAUAAAUGCUAGCCUACCAUUAACGUACGAUCAAUUGAAAAUUAAACUAAGCGAUAAUUCUACAGCUUUAUUUCAAGAGUUUUGGGAUAUUCCUAUGAAUCAUGCAGAUAAAAAAGAAUUGCCUAUACCUGGGAUUUGUCAUAAAAAUCGUUAUCAAUCUAUUCUCCCAAGUAAGUAUAAUUUGUAUGGUUGUCUUUUAGUAAUGUAUUUUCUGUUCAUUACUUCUAAUUAUCAACGAGAAAUUAGUCUUUUUAUAUUUUUAAUAAAUAUCUGCUCGUAUCCACUAAAUUGCCUAUUUUUACUACUAACUGGAUGAUGACUGGAAAUUUAUGUGAAGUGCUAUAAUACUGUUAGGCUCUAAAUGUUAGUAUAUUUAUUAAUAGUUCAUUGAUUAAGUUUUGUAUUUGAUUAGAAAUGAUCGUCUUAUCAAAUGCGUUGUGUAGUUUGUCGAUCACUAACGGUAUAAAUAUCCUUCCUGAAGCAAUAUCAAUCUUUCUGGUAGUGAACAAAAUUACUUGAAUAUAUAAAUAAUUUGUUUGGAGUGACUGAGUUUUUGGAAAUUUUGUUUUCAGUUUGACUGACUUAUUUACGUAUCUCAUUGUUUAGAAUUAUAAACCACUCAUGUUUUUCGCUAAUAAAAUGUUGUGUUAACACAAAUUACCACUUUACAAUGCCAGGAAGAAUCUUAUCAGAAAUCUCGUAAGUGGAAUACAUGACUAUUAUGAUGCAUACCGAAUGAACCAUUUAAAAUGUCACUACGUUUCAUAGUUCUGCUAGUAACGGUUUAUCAUAUACUUGUUAUCACUAAAAAACAAUAAGAAAGAAUUGACUCUAAGUGAGUCUAUUAAUCGGUUUUAUUUAGUGGUGUUUCAGUAUUAGUUACUUUGUCAUAUGCACUGUCGGUCAAUAUGAUCAGUAUAUUGAGCCUUGAGUCACAUUGAUAUGAUGGCUUAAUAUAAGACUGGAUGUUCAAAUAGAAACACAUUAUGCAAGGUUUAUAUCUUUGCUUGGUUAUUGAAAAGUUUCAUGCUUAAACCACUGAACUCCGUUAAACGUAUACAAAUGAAUCUUAUACUCAAUAGGUUUUCUCAGUUCAUCUUUGUUCUAACAUCUUAUGUAGUAUAUUUUUACUGAGGAAACUUGGAGAAAUUUAUCUUCAAAUAAAUUACUAAUGUUAAUUGAAUUUAAAUAAUUGGAAAGUAGUUUAACUUGAUGGUUUCUCAGCUUUGAGGUAUUUUAUGCACCUUAAUAAUUGUUCCGUAUUCUUCUAUUCUUUUACCAUGAAUAUUUCAUUUAACUUCUUAUUUUAUUAGACCGAUUUAUUAUAUAGUUCCUAGGCUUAGGUUGUUACCUUUCUUCAUUAUUCCCUGUCUUUUCCACCCUCCCAUUCUCUAAAAUAUCGUCAUUAAAUUUGUUUACAUUCAUUUUUUUUUACAUUUACGAUAUGUUGUAAUAAAAGAUUGAAUUGUAAAUAACUAGUGUGUGAAUGUUGUUAGCUAAUUAUGUGUAUAAUUAUGGACUAACGUGUUUCACAAAAGUUGAGCUCCAAGACUACAAAAGAUAUUAAAAAUGAAAUCGCAUUUUGAUUUUCAAUGGUUAAGAUCAAUGUCACUACCAAUUUCCGAGACUUUACAAACGUUUUCUCGUACUUGGGAUUUUUAAAAUUUAUUUAACAAUUUAUACUGGGUUUAUUUAUUUUGUUCUUUUUUAUAUUAAAUUAUUUAAUAUUCACUUUGCACUUAUCGGAGCAUUUUUGUUAGUAGUAGUGCAAAUCUCUUACUUUAAGGAAACAAAAUAUUAAGGCGACAUUUUAUAUUUUCAGCGACUCAUUAAAUGAAUGCUUUUUCAUUCGAGUUCGUAUGUUAGUGUUCUGACUGAAAAAGGAAAUAACACCGACUCCUUUUCAAUCAUUAAGUGUUAUUUACUUGUUCUACUGAGUAUUUGCAGAAUGAUAUUAUCACUCUUAUUCUCUAGUUGCUAAUAUACGGUAUUUUAUCUGUUGAAUAGUCAUAAUUUUAGAAUCAUCCAGUUGAUAGAUUGUAUUAACCGUAAAAAACUAGUGACGAGAUUCACGUUGUGCUUUGCUGGAAAUAUCUGUUUUAUUGGCUGCUGCUGCUAAUAAUAAUAAUGUACCUAACCUACCAAGUAUUGUUUUACGUAAUCGGCUUUAAGUCACACUUGUUUUUGAAUGAAAUGUGAGUUUUGUAUUUUGCUAUUACCAGCAGAAAUAUUUAGGUUUCUUCAUGAAAAAUAGAUACAUUCUCAGGGAUAUAUCAUUUUAUUUAGUUUUUUCCAGUUCUGUCGCCAAAUGUAAUUCCCAUUCAGUAGUAACACGUUUUCUUAUUGGAUAUUUUUUUCAUUUUUACUGUAGAGUAGGAAUAAUACUGAUUGAUUUACCAAUUCAAAAUUGAAAGUCAUGUAUAUGUAUUGCGUUAAUGCUUUGUAACUAUAGAUUUCACCUACCUAUUGCCUUCUUUCACAGUAUUAGUGGUGUAGUAGUGAACGUUAUGACUCUAAAAUAGCUUUCAGUCGAACUUAAACUAUAACUCUUGAUCCAGCCCCUAAUAAUUAAGAAGACAAAAGAAAAACCAUUGCAACCGACGACGAUUAAGUGGGAAAGAUACAUCUAUUUAUAGAAUUUUCGAUUAGUCCUUAAAAAUUAGUCAUGAAGAAUUCCAGUUUUUGAACUCCAUUUUCAAAUACAGGCCCAAGGUUUUAAUAUACCAAAUAGCGAUCCGGAAAAAUUCUUUCUAUUCUGAUUCAAACCGAAUUCUUCGGGAAAGCACAUUGCCCAAUAACGUUCUGUCGGAUGAAUCCAUAUACCGACAAAGAAUAAUAUAUUCCUGGUUAUCAACCCGAAAAUCAAAUAAUUCAAGGGUACACUUCAAAAUGGUGAUCAUUAUAAACAUCAUAUACAAGUCAUCUGUUUCAUGGCACAUUUGGUAUCAAUAAACUUGCUUAAUUGCGAGGUUCUACAACCUCCGUUAUGCUUGAACGACGAAUACAAACAUUCCUGUCAGUGUAUGUUGAUAUUCAUCCCGACUAAAGGAAUUUAUUAGGAAUAAGCUUUGGGUAAACUAUUUUAAACUUUUAUAUCACUACAAAGAAUAGUGCUCUUUUAUGUAUCCGCAUAGUGUUUCAUCUUUCCAAUCAACUGAUUGUAAGGGAACAUUUCAAUUUACAGAAAUACAACGGUGAAACAACUGACAUGUUGACACCAAAAGAAAAUAUUUUGAAAAUGUAAUGAAUGUACGAAUUUUUUUCGAAAAGUUCUUUUUAUUCUCUGUUUAUAAUGAAUUAUACUUCAACACAUUACAAUGCAACUGUCGGAAUGAGUAUACCGAAUCAGAAAAUCAAGGAAUUGUAUAGGAAGUCUCUAACAUCAUUUGAAAAUGGUCAUAAAUGCUGAUUAAUUAGAAAGAGAUUAGUUUGAUUUUUCAUACCAUGUUCAUUAAAUCUAUGAAGUUUGCCGGUGAGAAAUCGAUCCUUUGAACACUUUUAAAAAAUAGUCUCAAGAAAAAUAUUUUUGUCUAUUUUCUUAUGGUGUUGGGUUUUAAUGUUAGAAUAGACAAAUAUUUGAUUGUUAAUAUAGAAAAGAGAAUGCUGAUUGGUUAGAUAAUAUACAUUGAUUGAUGUGGUCGAAUGAUAAUGGCUGCUCACUACACGUUAUUACCAACCAAGCCCUCGAACGACUUUAAAUCUAAGACAAGAACAAGGCAGUGGAGCAUCGUUAGGAGAUGCAGUCCCAUGGUAGCCGGUGACCGACGAUUGGUUCAUACGCCAUUUGUUCCCUCAGCAUACUGGAGCCCAUGUGCACCAUUGGUUUGGGAUCCGGUUAAAGCACCGGACAUUCGCUUUUCGUCCUCUCAUUUUCGUAGACAACACCCCCACCACGAGAAGGCAGUGAGUAGGACUUCCCUGUCAGAAGCUGUAUACGCGUGGCCGUGUGAGAGCAUUUCGAGAAGGAGGGCGGGCCCACUUCACUCUCAGCCAUACCAGGGCGUUUGGGGGCCAUAAAUGUAUCUUAACUACAAGUAAAUCCUGUAGUAACUCGCUUCACCAUUAAAAAGUUAUCUGUAAAGGCUGAUUGAAUUAUUUUUAAGUAAAGUGACCAUUGUCACAUCCCCUAUCCGUUCAUUUCAAAUUCCCAUAUAUCUCUUGGCCUAUAUUGUUAAUGAUCUCGUAAAAACGAAGAUAUGAAUUUUGCAAAUAAUAAAAUAUUAGAAAAGUGUAGACAAAUCACUGAACAAUUAGUAAUGAAAUAAGACUAUAUUCAAUAAAAUCUUGAGAGUUUAAUAACAGCAAUUCCUGGAUCCAAUAAUCACUAAAAUUAAUUUAUCUGUUAAUUUUAACUAUUCACGAAAUAAAUAAUAUUACAAUAUAGUCCAUUUACUUACAUUAGUAUUAGUGUUAUAAAUCUUCAUGAUAAUUAAUGUUGAUUGUGAAAUAUAUUUGCAUUGACUGAAAUAAGAAACUACAUAAUUAGCACAUUAUGUUAUUAAUGCCCUGAACAAAAUGUAUCACAGUUACAUAUAUUGCUAUGGAAAUAUUCGCUUAUCAGACAAAUAGACAUCAAGUAUCCAUGAUAAUUUAUUACUCAUUAGGAUGAAUUUGAUUGUAUUUUACAAAACGAUAGCAGUUUAUGUAAUUUUUGCAAACUAAGAUAAUCACUAAGACAACAAUUUUUCUGUACUACCAAAAAAAAAUUAACAUAGACUAUUCCGAAUAGAAUUUCGUACAGUAUUAUAGUGUGUUACGGUUAACAAGGAAUUUGUACUGAUCCAAGUUCAUAGCACACUAAAAAUUAUGCCGUUAUUUGUAUAUCAUAACUAAGCAUUAGAAUCAGUUCAGGUAUUUCCAAUCCGUUAAGUUCCUUUGAAAAUUUAUUUGUUUUUUUAAAACUUAGUCUUCCUAAUGUGGUUGUAUGUAAGUAAAUGCAGUAUACCUAUAUAAUCUGAUAUUUUUCAGAAUUACUAACUUUUAGCUUGAUUACACCGGUAAAUUCAAAUCAAUAAUGAUAUUUUAUUUAGUAUAAAGUGGAUUAUAUUGAGAGCUAUAGAUUAAAGCUUUAGACUCUUAACAUUUUUCUGUUAAAAGUCACGAAUUGAAAUACUGCUUCAUUAAUCAUAAUCUUCAUACAUUCUACUUAUAGCUCAUAUGACGUACUUGGCUAUUGAAUUUAAUUAUUACAUUUAAAACAUAAAAUGUGAGUAUGGAUUUCAUAGAGAUAGCUUAUUUGUAUUCUACAACUGAUUGAAUAAUGCUCUGAUAAAAAAUCUACAGUUACACAUGUUGAUUUAAUGGUGUUUUUCUUAAACCAAAGGAGUAUGUUUAUCUCUAUCGCAAUUUUUUAUUAAAAGCACGUUAUUUUUGGUUAGCUAACAUCACUGGAUGAUGUUUCAGUUAAACAAUUACUGAAAACCAAGAAGAACUAUGACAAUAUAUUAGAUCCCAAAUAUUAUGUGAAUAAGAGUCAGGUCAGUCACUGAGUCAUAUGCAACUUAGAACUUGACAUGUAUGUACAUCAGUUUCGGUUUGGGCGCCCGGGCAGUAUCACAGCUCUCACACAAUUCAAAUGAGAUUUGUGUGGCGCAUAUGUAUUUGGUGCCUCCUUGUACCAAUAUCUAUGUGUUCAAAUAAUAAUAAUAAUACAUCAGUCCAAGGUAUCACACUCUAUUAGCCACAUCAAGAUAAAACUGUCAGAGAAAAUCCUAGGGUAGUUUAAUUAGUAACAGUAUUAAUGGGAAUAAAUAAUGCAUCGAACGUAUGGUUCGAGAAGAAAAUAUGGAUUGGUGGGAUAAGAAAGAUUUAUAAAGUAAUUUAGAAACUUUAGGUCUAGGGGAGGAGAAAAGAGUAAAUGCACCUGCAACAUUACAAACGAUCUUAAGCUACCAAAAGUCUCUAACUGCUAAUUACAAUGAUCGUGAGCUUGUACAAAGUUUAUGUACUACGUUGAUACGCCUUUCGUUGAUAAACACUCCCACAAAACCUUUCUAUCUACAAAGUCGAACUUAAACUUAAUAUCAAGAAGUGUAGAUAUAGUUGUAAGUCUGUAGGAAUAUCUGUUUCAGAACAUGAUGAACGGCGAACAUUUGGUCUACACAUUACGCCCACAUCUGGAAGUGGCCUCGUUUUCCCGAAUUCGCUCUUUACUAGUUUAACGUAACUAAUGUCAUUAAUGAUGAUAAUAAUCAAUAUAUACAUAUUUGUGUCUCCCACAGAGUCUUCAUUGAGUAUUAACUUUUUAAAGUGUAAAACAUUUGUGUACGAAAGUUAUUUUACUGGCUAAAGAAUUAUGUCAAAAUCCUCAAUCUUAAACUGUCCAGUUACUCUAUUUUAUUAAUCUGGAAUGAUUCAGAAUUAGUGUCAAUAGCACAGAUACGACCAUGUUUCGUCUACUAAAUCCUGAGUUUCAAAAUUAUUUCAUGAAUUUAUCAUUCUUGAGUUAUCUCUAUGCCUGAUCGUUUUGACAAACAUUAAUGCUACUGCUUCUACCACUGGUAUUCAGCUUAGUAGUCUUGUCCCUCUGUGCUGAUAUGGUGUAGCAACUAAGGCUGAUGCAUUUGUUUGCCUGAUUCCAUAUUGUUUAUGACUAACUAAUUUUAACUCUUAUACAUUUGGUCUCAUAAAUUUAAAAGUAGUAUAAAGAAAUCACUUUGAGACUAUAAAAGUUCCUCGUUUUUGAGAUUUAAUUUCUUCGUUCAUUUACUUUAAUUUAUUACCUAAAUGAAUGCAUAUGUAGUCCACUUUUGAUAUAAUCAUCUUCCCUUUGAUAAGCAAAUGAAAUGCUUUCUAAUUUCUCGAUUUUAUUAUUUACAUCAAUACCUCUCUAUUUAAUGUAGAAUGCUACAACUAGGCUUAGUAAAUAUAGUUUGUGUAUGCUAUACUCUAUUAAAUUUGUGUGAACCUGUCAGUUGAAGGUUUGCUUGUUGAUAUAUAAAAAAGAAGUGGACAAGUUUAUUCUCUACUCUGGGUAGGUGAAUAGGUUAGAUUACUGCUAUAUAAUUCCUACCACUCACAUCCUUCUGCAUAAAUUUUCAUACGACCAUUAAUCUAUACUUAACAAUUUCUUUUCUUAUUUUCAGUAAAAUUUGCCAUUGCCUAAACAUGUUUUGUUGUUUCACUUUAUGACGUUUUGUUAACGUUUACACCUAGUGAAUCAGUUUUUUAUGUCUUCUUAAUUGAACGCUAAUUGUCAUAUCUUGUCGUCGCUCAUUAUUAUGUCGGAAUCACUUAUUACUUAUACUUGUAAAACGAGGAACCACCUCUUUUCCCACGACGCGAAAGUAAGAACACAAAGACUAGUACAAAUGAAAAUUUAUUAGCACCGAAACACGACAACGACAACCCUAGUCCAAAAUCUACUCAUAUAUUGAUUGUACACAUAUUUUGAUUAAUAAUUAGGAUGAAAUCACAUAUAUAUCACAUGCUAUAUAUCAUGCUGAGCAUAGUUCAUGUCAAUUUAAUACAAAUAUAUCAUAUGUUAUACAGAAUAAAAUAUCAUACGGGAAAACAAAACAAAUACUGCAUUGAAUAAUCAGCACAUUGAAUUAAAACUAAAGUAAUAUUGAACAAAAAUCAUAUUAAGUAAAUCAAUUUAAUUUUAACUUUUCUUCUCGUCAUAUCUGUUUUGUUUCUAAUUUAUCUGCUUGUUCUGUAUUGUCUGUAAAGCGUUUUCAUUACAUUAACCUAUGAACUUUAAAUAAGCUAAAUGCUUCGAAACUUUCUCAAUAGCUCUGUUUUGUAAAAUUCAACAUAUAAGUCCAUUUUCAUUGGAUAAUUUAGUGUUCCUGAGUACAUUUACUUGAUUUUACCGUCAUAGGAUUGAAUUAUCCUUUCUUCAGCUUACCACUAAUUCUGUUCAUAAAUACGAAUGGUAACAGAACAUGCUUUGUGCACAUCAAAAUGUUAGAUUUUAAAUAUUCACUGUCUUGUCUUCUAAAAAUAAAAGAAGUGGAAUUUUUUUUGUAGGAAAGCAUCACUUCAGUACCUAUUAUUAUUAUUAUUAUUAUUAUUAUUAUUUUCAUGUAUGGUUGCAUUUUGUUUGUCACAAUGAUUAAGUUUAUGAAAAUCUAUUUAGAAUAACAUGGGUUCACCUCACAUUCUUCCUUCAGGCAUUUGGGAAUUUGAUUAUCAUAUAUGUAAAACAAAUGGACUGAAUACAAAAUUGUCGGAGUUGUAUUAAUAUUACUUCGAUUUUUAUGGUCAUUAUUCUGUUGAAGUACACUAUGAGAUAUGCCUGGGUGAUUCUCAAAAUGACCUUGAGAUUUCAAAGGUAUUUCCCAGCCAAUCAGCAGAGAUUUUAUCCAUGUCAAAAAUAUUUACAGCAGAAUAAAAUAUUUUACAGUUUAGUGGUUUUAGGUAGAUUGUUGGUAUUUAAAGGCUUAUUGUCAGUUUUCUUAUUUUAAUAUUAUUAAAAUCUCAUUACAUAACCUUAUUUAUGUGAUUAAAUUUAAACCUAGGGUUCAUUUCUGAAUUCGUCUCAUUACGAAUAAGGAGUUUUAUAGAUGAUUUUUCAUCGCAUAUCAAAUAUUAUUAUUAAUAAAAUUGUUAGAGUUAUGAAGUUAUAUAGAUAAGAUCGUCACCCCGAUAUCGAUAUAGUUACGUUAUGCGUGAAAAUCGUUACCUAUUUUGGCAUUUACCAGCUUGCUUGUUAUUCAACAAACCACCAGUAAAGUGAUUUCUUUGAGGGUUUACCAUAAACAAAAUAGAUUGAAAACAACUGGUUGAUUUAUGUGUUAGGUACGAUCUAUAUAGAAUGAAAUGAUCAUGUAAUACGUUUAAUACUGUUAGUUUUACACUGAUUACAGAAAAGGAAUUUGCUUAAUAAUUGUAAACGUUCCAAGCACAAUACAAAGGUAUUUGUAUCAUUCUUUUUAUGUCAUCGAAGAUAAAAGUCACUCGUAUUUUUAAUUUCAUACAAAAACUCAAAUGUAGCUUUCUCGUCCUUGUAUACUAUUCAAUCUCAUUCUACUUUAUCGUAGUUAUUUUUUUACUUCACUAAUUUAUAUUUUUCGAAUUGUAUCUUCGAUGUCUAAUCUUUUCUAUUACCAUUAAUACUUACUACCUUAACUACUCUAAGAUUUAUCUUAAGAAUUUUGUCUCACUGUGCUAAUAGGUUACAGCAACUGAAACCGAUGUACACACGUACCAAAUUCUAGAUUGUGUUUGACUGACUGAUUUUAUCAGAUAAACUGCUACUCACAAAAUUAGUCACAUUUUUCAGUUAAUUACUAUACUAUGUGCUUUUAUAUGAUAAAAAGCAUUGGAAAACGUUUACUGCUAUCUUAAUACUUUUAAUAAAUGAAAAUAAAUAAAAUAUGUUUAUAGUUACCCAGCUUUAUUUGUCAUACAGUAGACAAUGUCAUUUACAAUAAACAGAGUUAUUAUCCCAUCAUACAAAUACAAUACUUAUCACUUUAUUGUAUAUCUUCAAAAACAGUAUCUGUUAUCAAUAUUUGUCUCUUGUUGCGAAGAUGAGAUGUCCCUCUGCCGACAAGAGUGAGUGUACCGACGCACAUCAGAUCACUCUGCAUUACUGCAUCCAUGUGAAACAGGCAUGAAACAUACAGUAACUGUAAACAUUUUAUUACAAAUGUCUCAAACAUAGUGAAACAACUGAAUCAUUACUUUUGAGGCUAGUGAUUUGUUACCACGGGAGAAUGGUAAGUCGGUUUAUAAGGCUAUAGAUCUUCAUCGAUUGACAAGACUUGAACAUGUAUUACCUACAUCUAAGCAACCAACCCUUAACUCGAAUUACGAGGUUGAAUGGAGUAGGGACGGAUUGAAAUUAAACCAGUGGCGACUAAAACAAUGCACGCGAUCAUUUUAUGAAGUCAGUGAUUGUCGGUUGGAGCCAUCAUAGUUGAUGGAUUCACUCUGUCUUUGGUUCACUUGAACUGUAUAUGGAAGCGUUGUGUAACACGAUUCAGAAUCAAUGGAGUAGUAGUCAAGAUUUAUUCACACUUUCUUCCUCUAAAUCUCCACUUCCUGUAUUUCUUCAGAUAUCUACUUUCCCUUCACCCUUUUGGAAGCAUGUACUCAAUGUUUAGUCUUCCUCAUUAUCAUUGUUAAUGCAUUAUUUCCAGUCACUUGUUAAUUAUCUUAUUCAUUUCAUCUGAUUAUGUUGAUGUGUUAUGGUAACUUGGGUUCACAUACAUUUGUGCUGAACUCUGUGUUGAUUAUGAUUCAUAAACUGAAAUGAAAUUUAUCAAUAUAACCUGUUGGUUGACAGUUUAGCGCUCAAAAUAUUAAUCAUUCAUGAAAUUUAGCUCUUAGGUGUAUGUUUACUUAAUUCAUUAAAUCAAUUUUGAUUUACUUCUACUUGGGUUUUAUUCACUUCAAGAUCUGAACAAAUAUUAGCUAAGAAGAAGGAUUAAAUAAUUUAUUGUACAGAAUAGUUAAUUUUUAAAUUAUUCAGGAACAUAGAAGUUAAGUGAACUAAUUAAUAAUAAAAAAUCUGUUGAUCGGAUUAUUAUAAAUUAGUGAAUAAACUUUAUAUUUUUAAUUUAUUAUAAUUGAGUUAUUGAUGUUUUUAUUAUACUCAUAUUACUUAACGUCGACACAUUGGUACUUUUAUAAUGUCCACCAUGUAAAUAACAUGUUAGUCAAGCAUUGCAAUUUUGAUAGGUAAAUAAAUAUCAAUUUUCCAAUGUAAUUUAUGGUUUUCGUACAAGGGAUUACUGUAUUGUCCAAUUUACUUUUUGUGUUUACAUCGUCAUAAUUCUUAAUUUUCUGAAUGGAAUAUAGAAUUUCUUUAAUAAACAUAAUGAAGCAAAUAGAGAAUCAUAAAUUUGAAAAAUAAAUUUGAUUUUAACCCCUACUGCCUAUAAUAAGAAAAUGAAAUAUGAAUUAUUUAUUCACAUAAGUUAAAACGAUCAUUAUGUUAUACUAAUUAUAUAUGUAUAUAUAUAUAUAUAUAUAUAUAUAUAUAUAACUGAUAAAAUCAAAGGAAAAGAAAACAACACUACUAGAGAGCAAAGUGAAGCAAGGUGGAUGGAAUUUGGUCAUGAGUGGGCGUAUGAUGUAAUGUGGGUGGGUGGGUAUGUAGGUAAGUGUACGUUACAAAAGGUCACUAUGAUCUAGAAAACAUACAUGCAUGCAUAUGCAUACGCGCAUAAAGCAUCGUGUACGUGACACAACAACCGACCACUAUUAUUACAUCUUUUUUCCGAAAUUCAAACACUUGUAUACAAAUAACAACAACAAAACAAUUUUAUUAUGUCUCAAAUACAAAUAUUCAAUCAUUCAAAAAGUAGACUGUAAAAAUAAAAAGUACGUGUGUAUAUGUAGGUGUAGGUGUAUUUCAGUGAAAAUGCGUGGGUGAAAAAUUUAUGUAUUAGACUGUGACAUAAAGAAGAAACAUUGCUUUCUCUUGUAUCAUCGUCAUCAUCAUCCACACAUGCAUACAUACAUAAACCUAAAUACAUAUAUAUCACACACCUGUAUAAACAAGUACACAUCGAGUUAUCAGAAAAAAACAUAGUUAAAAUCAGUUACAUUGAAUAGAAAUGUUAAUGUAUUGGAUGUGUUGUAGUAACACAAUAAUGAUGAGGAUAAUUAUUAUCAACAUUGAUAAAAAAGAAAAUAAAAGAAAUGGAUAGGAAUAGUAAUAAAAACAGAGAAACAAUGAACAAAUAAAUGGAUAGAAAAGGAAAGCAACACAAACUAUUUCCUUUCCGUUUUUUUACAGACACUAAAAAAAUCUAUAAAAUAUUUUAUGUUAAAAAGCAUUGCAAAAAAUAAACAGUGUUGCUAAAAUUCACAAACGCAGUUAGGCAGUCAAUAACAAUCAACACAGAGCCCUACACAAAUGUGUGUUAACUCAAGUUACCAGAAUACACCAACACAAUGAGAUGAUUAACAAGUGACUAAAAAUAAUUCCGGCCUAUGCUCCUCCACGAGGAGUAACAGGCGUAAUUAAGUAAGCAAGGAAUAAUUCAGUAACAAUGAUGACGGAAAUCAUCUAGCAUAUACAACUAAUACACGCUCGCAUCAAGUUUAACGUAAAGUGUGGCAAAUGAAUAUGUAUUCUAUGACUACGUUUUAUGUUUUAUAUGUUUACAAUUAUGGUAAGAUUUGGAAACAUUGCAAGCUUCGUUUUGGUAAUUCAGUCAGUCAGCUACAACGUGGGACCAGACACAUAUAUGCAUCGGUCCAAGUUGCCAUACCUCAUUAACACAACAAGAUGAACACUGGAUUCAUAAAAGUAGUCAAUUCAGAGGUGGUAAUAUAUAAAAGAAAGAUUGUAUAUCAGGAUAUAGUACAGGAAGAAAGAAUUAGUUCGUAGAAAGAUAUGAAGCGAUUUUAAUCUUACGGUUUAAGGGAGGACAAAGAGUGUAUACACCGACGCUAUUGUGAUCGAUUCUGAGUCAUGUCACACAGAGUCUCCAACCAUUGGUUACGACAGUCAUGCGUACCCCAAACCAGUAGUCUGCGUCUACCAACAUGGCUCAGACCAGAAGUCAGUGACUUCAAGGACUGAUGCUACGUUUUGGUUUGGCCAACCCUAACUUUCUUCCAACCGUCACCAACACUAAUCAGCAUUGCAUGUCGUGCCAAUCGGUGUUCAGGCAUACGUAACACGUGGCCCAACCAUGUCAGUCGGUGAAGAUUUACAACCUCAUCAACUGAUUUUCCAUCGUUCCCUAAUACCCUGUGUCUAAUCUCACUAUAACUUACCCGGUGAUCCCAGCAGACGCCAGCAAUAUUUCUGAGGCAUUUGUGGUCAAAUACUAGUAGCUUACGAGUGUCUUCUACUCUUAAUGGCCAUGUUUCGCUGCCGUAAGCUAAAACAGAACGGACUGCCGCUCAGUAUACUCGUCCUUUUAUUGAUAGAUGGAUAUCUCGCCUUCGCCAUAGGUGACGUAAGUUGUCAAAAGCCAAACGAGCUUUUCGAAUCCGUGGUAAUUAUUUUAAUAAUAGCUUGUUUAAGAUUGUUUUGCCCCUAUUUUAUUGGUUCAGAAUUGAUUCUCUUUAGUUUCUUAUACUAAUUAAUCUUGUUUUAUAAUAUCAAUAGUUUUUAUUUUCUGAAUUGUGAUUCUAACUGAUUUCUCUAUUCAUCUGAAUUUUAGUCAUCUAUUCAUUGUUUUUCAAAAUAAUUUCAUCCACUAAAGUUCACACAUUUUGAAUCAUAUCGAUUUUGUCAAGUAUUUUGUAUGCAAUAUGAAUGUUGCUUUUUAUAUUAAAAAGGCAUAAUACUAUGACGUUAUAUACUGGUGAGUAUUUCGUGUUAAUCAGGUCAAAUUAAAAUUAGAAACAAGUAUAGUCAAUCAAUUAUCGAUUGUGUACCGACCAAAUUGCGACACUUUGGAUCAUCAUUGAAUAAAGUUCGUCAUCAUUGUUAUAACUUUUGGCCUAUUAAUGUAUAACAUAAUGAUACCGCUAAUUAGAGAACAGUGAAUUAUCGACCGAACCAAUGACGCAUGAACCUGUACCAGCAGUCUAGAGUCUUUGCCGGUCCUGCUUCCUGCCUAGCCCUGUCUAUUAAUUUCAGAACACCAACCUCAGCCUCUGCGAUAUGAAUCAUGUAUUUCGAAUGUACUGGGUUUAUAUACAAACCAAACAGAACACAUCGCACCAUAAAAUGGAAAAUAACAUUUGUACAAGAUUUAGCCAAAUGUGACUGUGAAUGUGAAAGAGAGUAAUUGAUAGACUGAGAAUAACUCAAGAAUGGUAAAUGGUAUAAUAAUAGUUCAUAGGUCAAAAUAAAGCUUAUAAUAAGAGGAAUAUGAAUAGUUUAGUUACUUAACAAUUAUACAAUAAAAAUAUAUGUAUAGUUUAUUUGUUUAUUUAUUUAAACACAUAAAUACUAAUACAAGGGUGCUCUAGAUACAUAUGCGUCCCACAAAUCUCAUUUGAUUUGUGUGAGGGCUGUGAUACUGCCCGGGUGCCUAAACCGAAGCAGGUGUUUUUCUUAGCAGGCCACACCCGGAGCCUUCGACCUAAAGGUCUGAUCCACAAGGCAGUGGGGCAACGUUGGGAGAUGCAGUCCUAUGGUAGCCGGUGACCGACGAUUGGUUCAUACGCCAUUUGUUCCUUCAAGACACUGGAGCCCAUGUGCACCAUUGGUUUGGAAUCAGGGUUUUCCAACUCCCCUAGGUGGACUCUCCGUGUCUACCAACCCGGUCAAAGCACCGGACGUUCGCUUUUCGUCCUCUCAAUUCCGUAAACAACACCCCCGCCGCGAGAAGGCAGUGAGUAGUACUUCCUUGGCAGAGGUUAUAUAUGCGUGGCCAUGUGAGAGCAUUUCGAGAGGAAGAGUGGACUCUCCCCACUCCCGGCCGUGCCAGGGCAACUACACAUCAACUUCCUCGACUAUGAGAAAGCAUUCGACAGUGUAGAUAGGAAAGUUUCGUGGGAUGUCCCUUAACAUUAUGGAGUACCUGUCAAGAUUGUCACCAUCAUGCGGAAACCUUACGAAGAAUGAUAUUAGACAAUAAUUCUUACUCUAGCCUUUGCACUUUCUUCUGGCUGUCGACUGAAUUAUAAAGACAUCCAAAUCUCAAGGGGAGCACAGAAUGUAGUAGACAUCUUGGGCCUAGUUGAGCAAUUUGGACCUCGUAUAUGACCUAUACCUUUUCUCUCAUACACACCAACAAGUAAAAAUGAAGACAUAGUGGGGCAGCAACCUCUUCAGCAGUAGGCCUCAAAAUACACAAGGAAAAAGCAAGAUAUAUCGCAACACAGAGAACAACACAAUCACACUUGAUGAAGAAUCUCUGAAAGAGGUGAAAACUUUUACAUACCUGGGAAGCAUCGUUGAUGAACGAAGGCGAUCUGAUGCAGACGUAAAUGCACAGAAUGGCAAAGCGAGAGCAGCAUUUCUGCAUAUGGAACUCAAAACAACUGUCAGCCAACAUCAAAGUCAGAAGUUUAAGUGCAAAUGUCGAAACAGUUUUAUUGUGGGGAGCUGAAAAUUGGAGAACUGCUACAACCAUCAUCAAAAAGUGACAGGUAUUUAUAAACAGCUGUCUAGGCAAAAUGCUCUAUAUCCGUUAUCCAAACACCAUGAGAAAUAACCCACUGUGUCAACGAACAGACCGGCUCCCAUGAGAGCAGGAAAUUAGGAAGAGACGCUCGAGACGAGUAGGUCAUAUUGUACGAUAAUCAUCAGACUAUAUCACGAGUCAAGCACUGGCUUGAAAUCCUCGAGGUAAAGUGAAAAGAGGCGGACAAAGGAAAAUAUUGUGUUGUGAAUCGAAGUUAGACAUCAUAGAAGUGAGUAUCACUUGGGAAAAGACUGAGAAAAUGAGCUCAUGACAGAGUUUGUUAGAGAUCUCUGAUCUGCAGCCCAUUCCUCGCUAGAGUUGAAUGGCGUAGGUAAGUAAGAAUCAAUCUUUUCGGUUCUGGUAUGAAUCACUCGUGGUUUCAAAAAUGCCCAAAUUCAGAGGGCUAUAUUUUCUUAGAUUAUAAUUACUGUCACUAAUAUGGUAGCUAAUCUGUUAAUCGGCUCGUUUUCAUACUGGAUAACUGACUUCAUUAUUAAAUAGUUAAUCACUGGUAAUUUUCAUCGUCGCUGUUUAUCACAAAUUACUUGAACUUGAAUAUUACCGAACGGAAUUCUCUCAUUUGCUUUAUAGUAUUGUGAUUACCAUAAGAAUCAAGUCUUGCUGAUUUCGACAUUUUGUCGAAAACUUUAAUUAACACUGCUACUGAGUAUCAAAUUUUUGGAAAAAAAAUAAAACAACGCUUGAUUGUCUCGCUGAUUUUCGAAUGGUUCUCGAGCUGAUAUCAACCGAUAACGAAAAGGAUUUUUAGAUUUUAGCAGUUUUAUUGUGUCUGUUGUUGAUCUUUUUCUAUAGUUCUGUUUCUUCAUUCCUAAUUAUCUAGGUAAUCUCUUUUAUUUACUUUUUACAUAGAUUUCUCAACUCGUGUUAUAUUGCCUGUUAUCAACAAUGAUAUAACUUCCAGCUAUAUUAAUGCAAAUUACAUUAAAGUAAGUCCAAUUAUAUAUAUUCAGUUAACGCUCUUGCUAAAAGAGGGUGUCGAUGAACUAACAUUAUUUUAAUACUACUAAACAAUUCUUUUCUUCGUAACCUAAGUGGUCCAGAAGCUAAAUACUUACAGCGAGACUAAAGGUCUUGCUUUCGAUCCCAGGUAUAGUCGUGGAUGUUUAUCUCCAUUUUAGUGGGGCAGCGGCUCAGUGAUUAAGACGUUUGAGUUUUAGACACUAAUUUUUUAGGUCCGAAUACUACCCCGUCUGUUUCUGUUUGGGCAAUCGGGCAGUAUUAUUAGCUCUUACGGUGAGAGUGUGGCUCAUAUUCGAAUGAGUAAUGUACCUGGUAAAUGAGUUAUUUAUAAAAAUUAAAAUUGUUAUUAUAUUUUAUUAUUGCUUUGAGUAUAUUCAUCUGUCAUGAACCUUUUUGCUGCUAAUUGUAUAUUAUUAUAAUGUUAAUAACUAUCGUUUAGUGCAACACGGAUCAUCAUGCUCAUUUUCGCCGUUGCGAAUGUAGUGAAUUCAAAAUCAAUGGAUUUAAUUAGUCUGAUGUUAUUUGACGACCGAUCUAUAGCGUUGAGUUGAGAUGACUAUGUUUGUAUUACUGAAAUUAUUCUGUUUAUUUGCAAAAAAUUCAUAGAAACAAUAUUCGAUAAGCUUAUGUCAGUAAUAGCAAUUCUUAGAGGUAAAUUUUUAAAUAUCAGUAAGUGGUUGUGGAGGUUGUUGAAUCUCAAUGAAAUCAUGAACCAAUCCAAUUUUAACCACUAUUUGUAAACCUGUAGGCACUAGACGGCCGUUUUAUCGUAGUAGUGCACAUCGACAAAUUUCCACACGGGAAUCGAAGCCUGGACCUCUUGUGCCCACUAGCGAUUAGCUUCGAGAAUAAAUUUCUGAAAUUCUAGUGAGAAUCCUUGACCAGUGGAGCUUAUCUGUGUCGUAUGUGAGGCAGUUACCCAUCCGAAGACAAUGGGAGAUGGUCGUACAAUGUAGUGGAUUGAUUGAAGAUAUACAUUAACACCGUUGGAUGCUGACUCUGUGGUUUAGAGGUUAAUGAUUUACACACGAGACCUACGGUCCAGGGUCCAAUUCCCAUGUACAGGUUCGUGGAUGCGCACUGCUGUAGAGUAUCAUAAUAAGAUGGGUUGACCGUUCAGUGCUCUCAAGUCCCCAAUGAUGAUCUAACAUUAAUCGGUUCAUAAUUUAAAUCAAAUUUUUAAGUGAUAAUUAGAUAAGGUACUAUAAAGAAAAAAACAUUCGAUUGAUUUCUAGUUUGACAAAAUUCAUAUAAUUUUGGAGCCAUGUAAGUUUUUAAGAUUUUUGUAUAAAUUGUGUAAUCUAUAAUGAUAUUUACAUAUACCUUGAAACUUUAGCUGAUUAUUAUCUGAUUGAGCAUUAUCCAUUUCAUGCAAAUGGAUGAAUAAUUAAAUAAUUGUCUAUAGUGUACAAUUGUCGUUAUACCAUCUACUGAUAUCACAGUUGUUUUCACCUUGUAUAAUUAUCUUACUUAUGUAUAAUUUUAUUCAAAAGACAUUUUUGUUAUCUAUUCGGAUUAUAGUUAAAUUAUCAACUAAUCAAUCAAUACCGAUAUCCUUGAGAAAUAUUUCUGUUAUGUGAUCUUAAUUCUAAACAUUUUAUCUUUAAAUUCUCAGUAUGCAACCGUUAAAUAAUUUUGUUCUUAUUACUUUCUCGUUCAUCCAGUUCAUUUAACUUGAACAUUAUAUUCGUAAACUUGAUAAAAAUUUUAAUUGUUGACUAAAAAUUUAACACUUUGUCAUGUUAAAUGUUAUUGGUAAUUGUCAUAUAAAUAUUGUUUUGUUUUCCAAAAAAAUGUGAAAACCAAUGUUGAAUGGAUGGGUACGAAUCAAUUUGAACAGGGUUAUAAAAGUCGUCCAAAUGCAUUUAUUGCUACUCAAGGUGUUAUGCCACAUACAAUAAAUGAUUUUUGGCGUAUGGUAUGGCAUUCUCAUGCACCGACCAUUGUUAUGAUUACGAAAUUGGUUGAAAAUAAAGAAGUGAGCUAUCUCCUUUAUAUAUAAUUCAUUCCUUAUUAUUACUUACAUUCAUAUUCUAGGAAGUAAUGGUUUACGUAUGUUCACAUACCAAAAAUAUAUGCUGUCCAUGUGUUGUUCCAUAUAUUUCUAGAGCUUUAAACUGUCAGAAUUAGUAAUUGCCUCAAGUUAGUAUCUUCUCACUCGUGAAAUCUAAACUGAAAGUCAUAAAGCAGUGUAAAGCUGUAUCAUUAAUAGUAGGGUUAAACAACUGUUGUUUUGAAUACCAAUUGAGGAUCCUAUAACCUAUUGAAACCACCGAUCAACGUGUACCAAAUAACUCAAAUGAAUUAGUAUCAAUUUAAUAUUGUUUCACAAUUAUUAUAUGUUCUUCAUCUAUCUAUCUAACCUAAACUAACCAACAUUAUUUUAAAAAUAGUAAUGUUAAGUGAAAGUCCUGUUUAUGAGUUAGUUGGUAAAGUCCAAUGUGUUUACUAUGUAACAAUAGAUUAAUUGUGAUCAGAAUGGGGUUUGUGAAGAUUGUAGUAAUUUUAAUAAUUGAAUUCAUGAGUCGAUGUAAGCUAGACCACCAUCGAAAACCUGAAAGCACUAGUCGGCCGUUUCGUCCUAGUAUGGGACUCCCUAACAGUGCACAUCCACGAUCCCGCACCCGGGAUUCCAACCCAGGACUUUCGGUCUCUCACGCAAUUGCUGAACCUCUAGACCGCUGAAUCAGCAUCCAAUGGUGUUAAUGUCUAACUUCCAUCGAUCCAUGAAUGGUUGCUCAACCAUUCAACGGUGGUCUACCUUACAUCGACUCAUGAAUUCAACUACUAAAAUAAAUUAAUUAUUUAAUGUUUUCUAAAUUAUUAUUUGAUAAUAAUGAAUACCACACUCCACCUACACACUGCUACUGUCAUAUAACAAUGUUUGUUUGGUUCAUGGAUGAUACCAAUAUUUUCUAUUUAAAUGAAUGAAAAUUGAAUCUAGGUGGACCAUACAUCAUCCACGAGCUGUGUGUUUUAAAUAUUUUUUUAUCCACCUACGCAUUUCCAGUUAUUAUUAUUCUUUAUAUAACCGAGUUGAAUUUUGUAUGUGUGUAUGUAUGCAUGCACUUGACUCGAGUAGAUUUUCCUUAUGUUUUUAAAAUUUUUUAUGUCGUCACGUUUCAACUUACAUAUCGAUAUAUUGUGUCCAAUGUUUAUUUUGUAUGUUAUUGCUACCAUACGCGAUUUGUGUGCAAUUUUAAGUAGACGGUUUGUGUGUAUGUGCGUAUGUGCUGGUGUUGAUUUGUGCCCGAUUACAUAUAUAUAAUAGUAGUUAUGUUGACUUCUGUCACAUAAUAAAUAAAUAAAUUCAGUCUUAUUCAUUGAAAACUCAAUUAUUGUAUUUUCUCAAAAUAUCGAAUUUUGACGUUAAAGAGAUUGACCAAAUUAAUAUUGAACAUAACUCAGCAAAAGUUGUUCGUUCAUUUACUUGCACAUUUUGUGUAACAAUUGACUUGUUAAUUUUUUGACAGAAUUAAUCCUACAGUAUCAAAUGAUUAUAUUUCGGCAAAAUGGGAUCACCCAUAAGCAAAGAUGGAUAGUGACUAGCAGUGGAAUCUAGAAUGCGAGUUUUGUCUUAUUUGGGACUCGUCAGCUGGAUUUAACUGCGUCCCAGAGCUACGGCGUUAAAAUCAACUCUAGGAUGCAGGUUCAUCCAGCUGACGAGUCCCAGAUAGGACAAAACUAAAGUCACCAUACAUAUUUGCUUAUAAUGCUUGUGACCUAAUUCAAUAUCGACGCAAUCCGCAUAGGAUGCAUAUAUGCCGAUAAGAGACCAAUCAAUUGCACUUCUGAAUAUCAAUGAGAAGAUUCAAACAAACAAUACAAAAUGAAUUAAAAUCAUACAAAGACUGAUUAUUUAUAUCCUUUUAGAGUUAAAGUUGUUUUAAUUCAAUUUGAGAUGAUUUGGAUUAUCCCGUUGUUGAUAUUUUUAACAGAAAUUUGAUCGAUAUUAGUUGGUAUAUGUACGUACUGUGUCGAUUACCUCGAUAUAGCAAUUAUUUCACAAGUUCAUGUAGAAUAGACAAUCCUCACAGGAUCAACAUAUUCGAACUAAGACUGUGCAAAUUUCAGUUAAACAUAUCAACAACCUGACAAUACAAACCAUUUCAAAUUAAAUUAAAAUCCAUAAUUGUUGCACAAGUGAGUGGCUAUGUGGACUCAGUAGCUAAAUGGAUAACGUGAUGGCAUUUGAAGAGGACGGUAGUCAGUUCAAGUGUAGGGAUGAACAUCAACUCUAAGAUGCAGGUACGUGUAGCUAACGAGUUUCAGAAAGAACAAAACAUGCAUUCUGGAUACCGCUACUAACCACAUUCCAUCUAUUCUGUGAUGGUAUUCUGUUCAGAUUAACUGUCUGACAAAGAUAUCAUAUAAUUACUUUGAGAUGAGAAUAAAUGUCACCAAAGAGGCAGUUAUCAUUUACAUUCAGUUGUUAUGUCUAGAAAUAUAUGAGAAAACGAUAUCAUACCUCUAGUGUUAAAUUAGUAAUUAAUGUAUUUUGUACAAUCAUUGACUAGAACUAAAUUUUGUUCACUAGAGUUUUCGUCACCUAAGUGUUCUUUUCCGCUCUUUGAGAAUAAGCAUGCAAGUAAUUGUGUUAUAAAUGUUUUGGAUGUCUUAUUUAAUUAAUCUAAUGGAAUUCAAAUUAAAGAAUAACACAACUCUCAUAAGCAGAGCUGAGUGGCGGGUAGCAGUGAAAUGCAGGACACGCGUUUUGUCCUAAUUGCGACUCAUCGUCUGGAUGUACUUUCAUCUCUAGUUUGAUGUACACUUUGGGACUCGAUCCACUACCGUUCACUUCAAACACUAAUACGUUAUUCACUUAGCUACUGAGUACAAAUAACUACUGGUUUGUUCAAUCGGGUGAAUUUCUUUUUUAGCUCGUAUGGUAUGAUUGUUUGGAUCUUCCCAUUACUGUUUAGGACUGUGGCUGAUCCUCAAAAUUAAUGUUUAUUCAUUUUCUGCUUAACUACUACGUGCAUACGCACACAAAUAUAUAUGUACAUAUUUACAUUGGUGUUUUAAUUUUCUGUUGUCUUGUUUAAAAAAAUGUAAUUGAUAAAAAUGGUUGUCAAUUGUGAUUACAAAUUAUCGAACUUCUAAGAAAAACAUGCGAAUAAAUGCUGAUGUACAUUUUUAUUCAUUUUGUUUUUUCUCUACGCACAAAUGUCAACAGUUAGAAACAAUUAACGGCUGUAAUAAAAUAUUUUCACCGCAUUAGAUUGUUAUAAUUAAGUGAAUAUUGCGAAAGUUGUAAUUUUUGAAAUUAUCUUACGAAGAACUAUUGUUUGUACUUUUAUUGUAUAAACAUUAGGUACUUGCAUUAUCGAGAUCCUUACAUUCUCUUUUGCUUACAAACUUUCUUUGGGUGCAUUAACUAUUGUUCCGUAUUGUGUCUUCCUUAAGUUAUUGUUCAUCUAUGACAGUGUUGGUGUUCAGUUCUUUUUCGCUUAUAUUGUAUUUAUGUUUACAUUGUAAUCUUUAAUUUAUGUACGGUCAAGUAAUGAAUAGACCGAUGAUAUUGAACGAGUUGCGAGUUAGGAACUGAACUAUACAAUAAAAGUUUGUCUACUUGCUGUGUUUUAUUCCUGUCCUGGCUGUCAGGCAGAAUAAUGUGGGUAGCUGAGUCCUGGGGCAAUAGGUGUUAAGUAUUAAUCAUGGUCUUUAUUUUACUGUCAUUGGUCAAGAAACGUAAUUGCACCUUUCAUUGGCUAAUACAAGGUCAUUGGUCCACUAUAGAGCAAUCUGGGGGAAUUAAUCAAUUAUCGGGCUAGAUAAUACAACUGCUCUCAUAAAUAACAGUCCAAUCACAUCGGCCCCAAUAUAAUGCAAGAACCUGUUCUUUUUCAUCCUUACAUAAAAGAGAAUAGUUAUUGUAACUCCCUGAUCGUGUUACAUUCGGAAAUAUUGUUGUUGUUACAUUCGAACCCCAAUGAGAAUACAAGUAGUAAACUAAUCCAAUUGUUAAUCAUAGCAAAACUAUGACUGAAAAGGAACAUAUUUAAUUUGAUGUGGUCAGAAGCAGUUGACGGGAAACCCUACUCAACCUACAUUUCAAGCUAUUUAGACUAGGUGGUGGGCAUACGGCAACCAGACCAAUAGAAUCCGACCGAUACAAAAAAGGACAAGGACAAACAUAAGACUGAUCAUACCAUUCUGUAGCGAUCGGUCAUUUGUACAAACUUAGUAGAUUUUGUCUCUAUCAAAAAGAAAAUACUUUUCUCAUACAAUGUAAUAUAAUACGUAUUUAAUUAAAUAUGAAUCAUCCACGUAAUUCGAACAGAAUGAUUACUUCAUUCGUUUUUAUUUUGUUAUAGGUUAAAUGUGAGUUAUAUUUACCUGAUUCUUCUGGUGAAGAGGAUGUAUUAUCAUUUGUGGAAAGUCAAUCAUUUACUACUAGUCCAUUAUUCAAAAGUGAUCCAUGCACACCUGAUUUCGAUGCUAUGAAUAAUAAUACUAAUACUGCUACUACUACUACCAAUAACAAUAAUAAUCCUUUAUCAACUGUAAAUAUUGUUGCAACAAAUAGUACACAGAUUACAAGUAUUUCAACUAAUCCAUUAUUACCAACUUUAUCAUCACCGUUCUUUUCACAAUCUUCAACAUUAUCAUAUCAUUGUGGGCAUUCAAAUGAUCAGUCCGAUAUUGAUACAGCUAAUAUUAGCUCACCUAUUUCAACUGGUUAUAUUAUUGCUACUACUGAACCAACUGGAAUUCUCCGCAGUGGAAUAGAUAUAUCAAAACAUUUACACGAUAGUGGCAUAGCAAGUGUAGAUGACCAAUCUUCAAUAACAGAUAAUAGUAAUUUAAUAUUUACUAACAAUAAUUAUAAAAAUAACAAUAACAUGACUGAUAAUCAAAACAGUGGAAAAUUAUCUAAUGAUCGAGGUAUAAAUUUUUAUCAAUCCAUAUCAUUGCCUGGUACCAGCAAAACAUUUGGAAAUAUAAGUGUUAGUGUGUUGUCGUUGGAAAGACAUGAUGGAUAUAUAGUACGUCAUCUGCGAUUAAGUGUAAGCAUCAUUUUUGGUAUAUCUAGAUUUAUGUAUAUUCAUUAAAUAAAUUCCAGUGUACUCAUUAAAAAAAUAUUUGACCUUAAUAGUUGAAUUCAUGAGUCGAUGUAAGCUAGACCACCAUCGAAAACUUGGAAGCACUGGACGGCCGUUUCGUCCUAGUAUGGGACUCCUCAACAAUGCCCAUCCACGAUCACACAUGUAGGACUCGCAUCCAGGACCUUCGGUCUCACACGUGAACGCUUAACCUCUAGACCACUGAGUCAGCAUCCAAUGGUGUUAAUGUUUAACUUCAAUUGAUCCAUGAUCUUGCGCAACCAUUCAUCCAUUGUUUGAGGCAUAAAACUGUCUCUACCUGACUCGGAUUGGACUCCACUGGUCACGACUUCUCACUAAAACUCCAGGAAAUCUAUCUUGAAGCCAGUCACUCGUGAGCAUAUGAUAAUCAUUAUUAGAACGGGUGUUUGUGGAGGUUGUAGUGAUUUUAAUAGUUGAGUUCAUGAGUCGAUAUGCUUCCAGGUUUUCGACGGUGGUCUAGCUUACAUCGACUCGUGAAUUCCACUAUCAAAAUUACUACAAUCUCCACAAACCCCCAUUUCAAUAAAAUAUUUCAUCAUCUAAUAUGGUUCAUUAACCAAGUACUAGAUUAUAAACUUUACUUUGAGUUAAUUUUUUUUCGUCUCGACUGUUGCUUCUACCUUGACGUGGUGGUCGGGCUUGCCCAUCGUGAUGAAGCAACCGAGCUAUACUGGUUGGAACAACCGUUCCUCAAGGUCCUACCACGCUAGACAGGUCGGUUGAAGAGCGGUAAGACUAAAAGCAACAAACUGAAGUUCCGAAGGCGAAGUCGUACUGCUGACUGUACAGAGGUGUGACAACAGUAAGGUGUUUCCUUCAGAUAACCAGCGUAACAGCGAUGCUGCCUCCCCACGAGGAUGGGGUUAGAAAAGGUCGACUCUAAAAAUGCACACCUCGCCUUAUCUUAUAGAUAUCCGUCUCCGGCGGUAAGGCCUCAACAAGUGUGUGAUCGGCCUCAAGCAGUUGUCCCUUAGGCACUGCGAUCACGCUCUCAGGUCACUAAGACCACCUCUAAACCAAUUUCCUUCUCAGGUACCUCCAGAAGAACCCUUUCACGGUGUGGGCAACCGGGAAGUGAUAAUCGCCCUCAUACCUCUAACAGCACUCAAGACCACUGUAUUCAUAAUCAACCUCCCUCUUCAACUUCCUCUUUUGGAUUCUUCCUCAAUUGUCACCAUAUCCAACGAUUCUAGUGCGCAAAACACUGUCCCAAGUCUACUGAAACCUCGCUCCAAACUACACAUUAGAGAUUCAACGUACCCUAUGUCGAAUCGGUCAGCAGGCCUCCUUGACUAAAACCCUAGAAUUGAUGUACGCUGUGUAUCCGAAACACGUAUACAGGAUCUUAGUGUGGUCAUUCACUUGACUUCACCUUGCCAAAACGGAGAGCCGGCGAGAUGCACUCUUGAUGUAUCUGGCUACCCGAUGGUAGAUUCUCGUGGACUGGCAGGUGUAGGCAUAUCACUAAGUGCGAGGGCGGAACAAGCACCGUUAGAGUGGGUCCCCGUUAACAGUCGUUUAUGUGCUGUUCGGCUGAACGGCACCGUAAGUAUUCGGAGGGACAGGGACACACGUCGUUGCCUUUUGUCGUCUCCGCUUACGCUCCCACUGACUGCAGCUCAGAUGAAGUGGAAGAUGAAUUUUCUAGGAAGCUAUCUGAACUUCUUCAGAAAGCUAAACGUUCAGACAUAGUACUCGUAGGAGGUGACUUUAAUGCCCAGAUAGGUAGCUUAAACCAAAGAGAAAGACAUUUAGGUGGGUAUUUUAGUAUUCCGGUCCAGCUAACAGAUAAUGGUGAUCGUCUGCUGCAAUUGUGCUCAGACAAUCGUUUAUUUUUAGCAAACACAAAUUUUAAGCAUAAGGAGAGACAUGGUCUAACAUGGCAACCCCCUACACCAAACCAACGAUGGACUCAAAUAAACCAUAUUGCCACCAGUCAUCGUUGGAGAGCGUCGACAGAAGAUUGUCGCUCAUUCUGGAAUACCUUCUUGGACUUGAACCAUGCUCUAAUACGGGCACGUGUUUGCUUGCGCCUCGCUGGACGCAAAAAAGACCCAUCAGAACCGAAUCGAGUAACGAGGAAACCAAAAGUAGGUUCCAGGAACAACUGAGGUCACACUUAGGUAGUUCUGGAAACGAGGCUGACCCAUAUGUUGCUUGGAAAGAUAUACGAGCAGCUGUGGAAACAGCAGCGACAUCUAUUAGUGAUUUAAACCAAAGGGUUGCGAAAAACCAGUGGAUUUCUACUACGUCUAUUGCAUUGAUAAGUUCUCGUAAACUUAUCCCAUCUGGCUCCGAACACGAUAAAAAUCGAAAACAAAUCAGAUCUAGUUUAACCGGAAGUUCGCUAGAGGAUCAUGAACAAUGGCAAGCAACCAAAGCAAAAGAAAUGGAAAAGGCAGAGGCUGUAGGUAACACUAGAAAGCUUUUCAGACUAAUAAAAGAUACUGGAAUUAGGAAGUCAAGUGUAAGUGAGACGAUCUCGGAAAAAGACGACACUCUUAUGUGCUCUGAGUCCAGACGUUUAGAACGAUGAGCGAAACACUUUGAGGAGCAGUUCGGCUGGCCUUCAGCUACUCUACAGCUACUCACCAUUUCAACAGUCUGAGUAGAACAUUGAAAUAGGUCCCCCGACUGUAAUUGAAGUCCAAAUAGCUAUAGCUAAUCUGAAACGAGGAGGGGCAACUGGUCCAGAUGGAUUGACUCAAGAGGUCUUUAAGUAUGGUGGUCCAGUUUUAGCAGUUAGGUUGACUAAUAUUUUACCUAAAAUCUGGGAGUUGGACGCAAUUCUAUUUGACUGGUCACAAUCAUUGAUUGUCCCAAUACAUAAGAAGGGGUCAAAACCACCCUGUGAUAACCAUAGAGGGAUUAGCUUGACUAACAUAGCAUCUACAAUAUUAGCCUCGAUAAUUAUCGGACGCUUAACAAAGACUCGUGAACUGCAAACACGAGAAAAUCAGGCUGGUUUCAGACCUGGUCGUGGCUGCAUCCAUCACAAAUUCACUAUUCAUCAGAUCUUAGAACACAGAUAUACUUAUCGGCGUCCGACAAUGACAGUUCUUGACUUGAAAGCAGCAUUUGACUCUGUAGAUCAACAGGUUCUGUGGCAGUGUCUGUCAUUGAAAGGUGUACCUCAGAAGUACAUAAACCUUGUAAAGGCUCUUUACUCGAACACUACCAGUAGAGUCUGAGCUUAUGGCGAACUGUCAUCUAAUUUUGCAACCUCAAGUGGUGUCCGCCAAGGCUGUCCACUUUCUCCAUUUUUGUUUAACUUCAUCAUAGACCUACUGAUGGAAAUAACGUUCUCGUCGACUGAAUUAUCGGGCAUUGAUCUCCCUCCGGCAGGUCCACUGAUCGACUUAGAGUACGCAGAUGACAUAGUCCUGUUUGGUGAAGACGUUGAUAAAAUGCAGUCUUUUGGUAGCACUGAGCAAGAAUGCUAGGAUGUUUGGGAUGCGUUUCUCCCCCCCUUCCUCUUAAUGCAAGUUGUUGUUUUAGGACCGGCCUGCGUCAACACCUGAACUAAGGAUAGGGAGUGAAGUAGUCGGACGCAUCGACAAAUUCACUUAUAAUGAAAGACUGAUCAGUGCUAAUGGGUUGGUGUCUGACGAAAUCUCCGCAUGGAUUCAUUAAGAUCGUUUAGCUUUUACCAACUUACGUCAACUAAAGUGAAGGAAAGAUAUCUGUCCAUCGAUAAAAGGGCGAGUAUGCUACUCAGCAGUUUGUUCUGUUCUACUUUACGGCUGCGAAUCGUAGCCAUCAAGAGUAAGAGAUACUCGUAAGUUACCAGUGUUUGAUCACGGAUGUCUUAGAAAUAGUGCUGGCAUCUGCUGGGAUCACCGGGUAAGUUAUGGUGAGGUUAGACACAGGGUAUUAGGGAACGAUGGAAAAUCAGUUGACGAGGUUGUAAAUCUUCACCGACUGACAUGGUUGGGCCACGUGUUACGUAUGCCUGAACACCGAUUGGCACGACAUGCAAUGCUGAUUAGUGUUGGUGACGGUUGGAAGAAAGUUAGGGUUGGCCAAACCAAAACGUAGCAUCAGUCCUUGAAGUCACUGACUUCUGGUCUGAGCCAUGUUGGUAGACGCAGACUACUGGUUUGGGGUACGCAUGACUGUCGUAACCAAUGGUUGGAGACUCUGUGUGACAUGACUCAGAAUCGAUCACAAUAGCGUCGGUGUAUACACUCUUUGUCCUCCCUUAAACCGUAAGAUUAAAAUCGCUUCAUAUCUUUCUACGAACUAAUUCUUUCUUCCUGUACUAUAUCCUGAUAUACAAUCUUUCUUUUAUAUAUUACCACCUCUGAAUUGACUACUUUUAUGAAUCCAGUGUUCAUCUUGUUGUGUUAAUGAGGUAUGGCAACUUGGACCGAUGCAUAUAUGUGUCUGGUCCCACGUUGUUGCUGACUGACUGACUGAAUUUUUUUAGUAUAAAAAUACUAGUGACAUUAUUCCAUCGGUUCAUCCUAAUUUAUUAGGUUUAACGUUCGAUCUCCAGAUCUUAUUGUCGAAAGUUGAACAGUUUUUAAUUGACGAACCACUGAAGUACUAAUAUAUAGAACAGAAUUAAUCUAUAUGUAGUCUUGAGAGGGACAGCUUUUUUUAGACUGUUCACCUGUUUCUUAUAUGCACCAGGUAGAUCUACCGUACAAAUUCUAGAGCAGUAUGAUUAUAAACAUAUAUCUUAUUUUGUUUUAAUCAUUAAGAAUGGGAUUACAUAAGGCUAGUUGGACUUAUCUUACAGAAUAGAGUAAAACAUUUUCUAUGGGAUAACAUCCAUAUUUAAAAUGAAACAUUCGAUUUUAUCCUCCUAAUUGUGUAUAGGUGAUUAUGGUUUUUUUUGUUUGUAUGAACUAGUAACUUGAUUAUAAAUAAUAGACUAUUAUCAUUGUCAAAACAGUAAAUAUUUACUGCGAAAAUCAAUCGGUUCAAAUGGUAAUGAACGUUUAAUUGAAUGCAGUAAUAAAAGGUUAAAUAAUUUACUAUCAAAUAAUCCAACUAUUUAAGCUCAUAGUUUGAAGAAUAGCUGUAUAAAACUCAAACGUUUCGCUUCGUCAUGAUGACACUGAUUUUUGAUGUUCUAGACAUUAUAGAAUUCUGUGAUUUUAUUUGUUAUCUGAUGUUACAAUAAAAACUGGUAUCAACUUUACUGUAGUUUUCUUUUAUUUUAUAACUGAAAUUCUUCAUAGCUCUACUUUAACAGAACUGUAUCUUUUGAUAGAUACUAAUCUUGUUCAUUUAUUUAUUUAUUGCAUAACAUUUCUCUCUAUGUUUUACAGUAUUAGUAUUUUAUUUUUCUGGUACAAUUUUGGUGACUUAUUAUGAUAGAACUUAUAUGGUAUAAAUAAAAUCAAUUAAUUCAUAAAAAGUAAUUCGUCCUCUGUUAAGCCUAUAAUUAUAAUGUUUUACUCUGUCUAAUAAUAAUAAUGAUAAUAAUAUCUACAAGUAGUCACUAAUAAUUAUCAAUAAUAUGGUGUUCGUUUCAUAAUUUUUAUUAGAUUCAUUUCAUUAAAACCCUUAAUAUGUGUAUUCUAAUGAUUCACUCAAAUCUUGCUAUCAUGUUGAGUUAGUUUCAUUCCAAUUUAUAAUAUUUACUAAUUAAAACAAUCAUGAAAUUGACAAUGAUUAAUGCAUCGAUUUAUGUUUGUUAUCCUUUUCUUUCCUAGUAAAAGAAAGAAAGAGACUACCAGUUAAAGAGUGGUUGAAAAGGAAAUAAGAUUACGUUUAGAAUAGUUGACUGUUUAAUGUUUAUAUACAAUAGAUGAAAUGUGGCUAGUAGCGGUAUCCAGAAUGCAUGUUUUGUUCUUUCUGAAACUCGUUAGCUACACGUACCUGCAUCUUAGAGUUGAUGUUCAUCCCUACACUUGAACUGACUACCGUCCUCUUCAAAUGCCAUCACGUUAUCCAUUUAGCUACUGAGUCCACAUAGCCACUCACUUGUGCAACAAUUAUGGAUUUUAAUUUAAUUUGAAAUGGUUUGUAUUGUCAGGUUAUUGAUAUGUUUAACUGAAAUUUGCACAGUCUUAGUUCGAAUAUGUUGAUCCUGUGAGGAUUGUCUAUUCUACAUGAACUUGUGAAAUAAUUGCUAUAUCGAGGUAAUCGACACAGUAUGUACAUAUACCAAUUAAGACUGAUCAAACAUUUAAUAUUUGUUGUCAAAAGCCCCCAAAUGCCCCGGUACGGCCAAGGGUUGGAAGAGUCUGGUCUCCCUCUCGAAGUGCACUCCCAUAGUCACGUGUAUUCAGUCACUGCCUUCUCGUGGUGGGUGUGUUUUUUACGAAAUUCAGAGGACACAAAGCGCAUUAACCAGGUUGGUGGAUUCGGAGGGUCCACCCAGGAGAGUGGGAAACCCUGAUUCCAAAGCAUUGAUGCACAUGAACUCCAGGAUCCUGAAGGAACAAAUGGCGUAUGAACCAAUCGUCCGGGACAGACUACCAUGGGACUGCAUCUCUUUACGUUGCUCCACUUCCUUGUGGAUUAAACCUUUGAGUCAAAGGAUCGGGGUGUGGCCCCCUAAGAAAACCACCUACUUCGGCUUGGGCACCCGGGAAGUAUCACAGCCCACACACAAAUCAAGUGACUUGUGUGGCGCAUAUGUAUUCGGUAUCCCUUUGUACCAAUAUAUAUGUGUUCUAAUAACAACAACAAGGGACCAAAAAAUCAAUUUAGUUGAAAUGGUCGACAUAACUUCUAAUAGACUGAAUAAUUCAAGGAAUAUGUUUAAACAUUAUUUUCCAUAUAUUUACUACAGUUUAUAGCUGAAUUCCAAGAAGUCACUGUAUAGAUAUUAGUUAAUUUUAACCAUUGUCUCCUUUUUCAUCACCGUAAGUUGUAUUUUUGUCCUUGAGAAAUGAAUGUAUUGAUUUUAAUCUAACCCAUUUCACGAACAUUAACUUACUGUUUAAUAAAUGAAGAAAUCUAUUUAUUGAGAAUGAAGUCUACUGAACUACGUAGAUUUUUAAUAAUACCUACUUUGUGAUAAAUUGUUUGAAGAUUAAUUAGAAACCUUGUAUAAUUCGAGUUUUACUGAUAGUAUUAUAGAUUUAAUGUUUCUUUGUAUAUCACAGUUGUUCAAUAAUGUACGUAGUCAUGCUGUUUGUAUACUUAGUGAUCAUCUGAUAAAUUUUUGCUGAACGUAUUUUGUAUAUGUGUUAAAUAGCUACUUCAACUGCAUCAUGAGUACUGAACACAAUUCAUAUUGUUUACUGAUUGCUUCAACAUUUUCAUUUGUUGCUGUACUUUUGAAAAAUUGAUACAUAUCUGAUGGCAGCACUAAGGUAGGUGUCUAACACUCACAGGAAUCCAAUUUUUAGAAAAUCUGGGUUGUCUAGCUGUUUUAUUAUAGAUUAUGAUUUCUAUUAUAUUGAUCAACGUGAAUAUAUAACCAUGAAAACAUCUCUUAAAUAACCAUUUGAUUUAUUGAUAUUUUGAAAGCUAUAAAUGAAAGCUGCAAAGCAUCUCUAGUUCGAUGUCGUUAAAACUAAUAAGGUACGGUAAUCUUUAAAUUUUUACUUAUUCCACUUUAGAAUUCACAAGCAUGGAUGAUUAACUUAAAAACCUCGUAAAGAUUUGAUGCACAUUAUCUUUCUUACUGAUUCCAUGAAGUAUCAUAUAUUUAUUUAUCUUAUCUGACUAAUUGUCAAUAUAUAUUUAGUUUUAUUUGCUCAUAACUUUAACUCAUGCUCUGCGGUCAUCAUUGACACAAUGUUGAUGAAUUUCUAUAAUAAUUAUUGUCAAUAGCAGUGAGUACAGAUCCAUCCACACAACAAUUAUAUCAAUAGUAAAUUUAUGUCCAUCCAUUAGUCCUGGAAUUACGUUCACCAUAUGAUUUCACACGGAGUGAAAUACAAAUCUAAGUGCUAAAUUAUUGUUUAAUGUAAUUUCAAAUAUGUUAAAUCGUCAACAGCUUUCAAAUAUAUUGGAAGAAUCUUUUACUUAACGAUAUUCUAAUUUUUUUAUAGAAUAUAUAAAUCAUUUGGAAGAUAAUUUUCGAGGCUACUUGCAAAUAAUUUCAUUUAAUUUUGUUUUUACUAUAUUUUAUGUUAAUUAAAUAAAAGCAAUUAAAUCUAUUGUUUCUAAACGAUUUCCUUCAUAUUUUUAGUGUGGUACAGAAAAUAGAGAAGUUAUUCAUUUCUGGUAUGUUGCAUGGCCUGAUCAUUCAUCCCCUGAAGCUACCGCUUCUGUACGUAGUUUAAUUGAACUUGUACAAGCUGUUGAAACUUGUCGUAAAAAUGCUAGUUCAUCGUCAAAAGUAAAGCCAACGGAUAAAUCUGAAAUCGAUUCAAAUAAUACUGAUGAAGAUGUAAAUUUUACAUAUUGUAAAAAAUCACCAGAUUCUCAAUGUUUUCAUGCUUCAUCCUAUCGUCCUAAACUAAUUCCAUCUUUACAAAAAAUGGAAUUAGAUCAGUUGGAUCAUGAAGAUGCACCAAUUAUUGUACAUUGUAGCGCAGGUCUUGGACGUACUGGUUGUUUUAUUGCUUUAUGUAUAGGUUGUGAACAACUUGAAAAAGAAGGUAUGGUUGAUGUAUUAAAAAUAGUUAGUCGAAUGAGAUUAGAUCGUGGCGGUAUGGUACAAAGUAAUGAACAAUAUGAAUUUAUUCAUCAUGUUCUAGCUGCUUAUCCAUUAAAUAAAAAAAACCGUCAAUGUGAAUCAUCCUCAUUUACCUGUGAUGUAAAACAUAGUAGUAGUUAGUUAAUGGUUUAUUUAAUUACAUAAUAAAUUUUGCUUAUCACUGUUCCUAUAUACUUUCAUUUAAUCAAGUCAUAUUAUGCACUAAAUUUCUACUGUGUAAAUACUUAAGCUUCCAUGCAUAUACUUUUUUAUAGCAUUUAUUGUUAUUUCAUUAGCUAAAUGUUAGCAAUUAUUUCGAGAUUAGAAUGCAAUACAUAAUAUAUAUAUAACUUGUAAAGAUACCUUAUAAAUAAAACAUUAUCAUUAUCAAAGUACUACAGUAAGAUUAUUGAUUAAUAUUCUAUAAAACUGCUCCAUUCUACACGUUAUUUACUGUUAUUGGUAAAAUGAAUGACUUCCAUUCAUCAUUAAUUGACCAUUUACGCUGUGUUUGAUUUUAUUCAUUCAACUAUUCGAGUUAAAUUAACCAAUCUUAAAUCAAAUGCAAAAUUCCACCCACUCCCUAUCUGUCUGAAUUUGAUUGGCUAAUAUUUGUAUGAAUAGUAAUUAUCUAUAGUGGAUUAUACUUUUUCUAUACUAAUACUAAUACUAUUGCUGCGUAUUAUUCCUAUAUGAAUAGGAAAGCUAAUAAAUACUUACCAAAAUAUGUACUCGUUAUACAGGUUUUUAUGAAUGAAAUAAAGUUAACAGAAACUAUCUAACCCCUUGACUUUCAGUUAUCUUAUAUUCAAUGUAAAUUUAGUCAAUUAUUUUUUAUCUGUGAAUAUGUUUACAGUAUAUAUUAGUCUAUGAAGAUAUUGGAUACGAACUUUACUCUUCUUUUUUUUAUUUUACGUCUAUAAUAUUCAAAACGUAUCAAAUACAAAAUUAUUAUAAUUUAAUGUUUAUUUAUAAAAUUGUUUGUCUUAUUAUCAAAAUAAGAAAUUGAAAUUUUUCUUGAAAGACAUCUUGAAUUUUCUGUUUAAAACUUAGCAAUGAAUGUUGUUUUUAUAUUUUGUGAAUAGAAAUUAUUUCAAAUUUUGUGUAUUAUUUAUUAUCCAGAAUAUAUAUACUACAAUGGACUAAUGAAGUCCUAUGAAUACCAAGCUACUCCAUCAGAUUGAUUAAUAAAACUCAGUUGUAUUUGAGAACUUAGUCUUAUUCUCCAAUGUGUUUGGCAAUUGUUAAUUAUUUAUUCUCCCUGAUUCUUCUCUCUUCACUCAUCACAAAACAUUGUUCCCCUUCUCCCUGAUUAAAGUAAGCCCACACACUCUACGUAUGAUAAUUUAAUAGUUACAUAAGUAUUAGUUGGUGUGUACAGAUAAUGUAAAAAAAAUGCCAGGCAAUUUGUAGUAACAAAGGAAUUUUUUCUAACAAAAUUUAUUCAUUUGAUUUCCUAUGAUGGUUACACAAAUCCACAUAAUGUAAUUUGUUUUAUUUCGUUACCAGUUUGUUUAAUUCACAUGUUCAUUAAUCGAUUGGAAUACACAAUAUAUCUAUGGGAAAAAUAUGACGUUUUUUGCCACAUCUUACGUUUCAUCACACUGUAAAAAAUGUUUAUAUUCAUUAUUUUACAUUUGUUUGUCAUGGUGUGAGUAAUUAAACAUACACACAUAUAUACAUAUGCAUAAAUAUAUAUACGUACAUAAGAAUAAGCAAAUUAUUAUUAAUACUGUCUCUGAUAAUAAUAUUUAAUUAUUUCUAUUUUUAUAUGACUUAUUCUUAAGGAGAUAUUUAUUUGUUAGAAUAAUAGAAAAACAAGAGUAAUUUUCACUUUUCAUCUCAUUCAUAGCUGCUGUGUGCUGCGCAUUUUGUUUUAUCUUUUAUCUACUUGUUUUUUUGGCGUUUUCAUUUUUUGCCGGUCUCUCCCGUUUUAUUUUUACUAUACGGUUGUUUCUGUUUUUUUGUUUCGUGUUCUUUCUCCCUGAUUUCGUGGUUCUGUUCUUAAAAUAAUAAACAAGGAAAGAAGAAACUGGAAGCACAAAAUAAGUGGGAGAUAAAACAAAAACAUUAGAUUUAUCAUUGAUAUUGAAAUUUGUCUUUCAAUUUGAUCUUUUUUAGUUGUUUUGAUAUAAUCGAUUACUUGAAGGAGGGUGAGAAAGGUGAUAGUCGUAUAUAAUUGUUGUCUAAGUUACCUUGAGCAACUUAGAUUUACAAAAAAUGAGUUCACUCUUCAAGGCUUACUUAUCACGUGUAGAUUAAUUAAAUCAUUUGACCACAAAUAAAAAUGGCCAUAAAGCGAAAACAAACUGUUAGAUUAUGAUUUUUUUUACCAGCCAAGUGAUGGAAAAGUUCGAAAUAAUUUAAUUCUAUGUGAUUAUCAAUAAAUUGUAAAUGUUGUUGUUCAUUUUGUUUUCUUACGUAAUAUAUUACUGAUGCACACAUAAAAGCAUUCAUAUGACCCACUAAACUAACUUGAUCGGUUAACCAAUUUCAAUAAUGUCAUACGUAAAUUAAUGAGUAUAGACGUGUUUAAAUAUUAGAGAGUAUAGGUUGUGGGUUGUAAUAAGUUCAUAUGAAGUGUUUCAUUGAACAUUGAAGUUCUUGGGAGCAGUUAUUCGUUAGUUUCAACUGUUCCUAAUCAAAAAGUCCUUUUCUAAAUUGACCAUGAUUAUUAUAAUUACUGAGUAAAAUUGAUUCAUUUAUUAACAAUGUAAUCACCUAGAUAAUGAUGAGAUAUUUUACAGAAUUAGUUCCGAAGUGAACAAGCUGAUUGAAAUUUUAAAACCGAUUGGAUCUAUGUAAAUUUACCAGAUCAAUAGGAUAUUAUUGAUCCCCCACCCAAUAGAUGAUCAAGUUGUGGGACGUAUUGGCCGGCUUCCCAGUAAAUGUACUAAUGAAACUGAUGAUUCACAAAGUUUUUGUUUAUCAUACUGUUAUAUUUCUCUCUCACGGUUAUAACCCAGCUAUUCCUAUUGCUUAGUAUUCUUGGACACCAAAUCACUCGACAAGACCCCAAAUUAGAACACGGUUGAACAGGAAAGAGAUUAUAUUCCAAAUAACAAGGUUAGAUGGAAGGAAGAAGAACAAGAGGAAAAACGUUAGUAUAUUUAUAGUUUUUACAUGAGGAGAUUUUAGAGUAUUCUCCAAGUAUCGACUAGUGUUGACUGGAUAAGAAUUAGCCAAUCAGCGUGCACCAAAGCAAUCGUGCGUUGAGCAUGCUUUAAUCCAGUCUAUGUCCCGCUACAACAUAUACUUUUUAAUUAUUUGGAAACAUCACUCGGAGUAUUGAAUGGAAUUAAUUUACCACUUCUGCGUUUGUCUCAAAUCCAUUAGCAAGCUUAAAACGUCCAUUUUAAGAGCCAUCUUCAAAUAAUAAUGAUGAUUCGUUGUAUAGAUCUAUUGUCACUUAGUAUUGUUUGUCGAUAAACAUCUCCCAAACUAUUUGGCUUCAGAGGUUAGUGAUUUUUUCUAGAUGUUUUUGCAGACUUUCAUGUCCAGGAUUUAUGUUGAGGAAGAAUUUCACUGGACCUAAUCUGGAUUUUUUUUUAUUGUGACGAUCAAUAAAAUACUUUCAAGGCUUCCGAAUUCUUCUGAUUAACAGAUAUUUGUCAUGGAAAUCAGAUGCUUCUAUAGGCUUAACGUAGUUUAACAGUGGAAAUACUUUUGCAUCAGUUUUCCUACUUACACUCAUCUACAAGUAUUAAGACUUUAUGAAUCAAGUCUCAGAGUAUUCUCUGUAAAAAUCAAAGAAUAGUUCGUUGCACUUCGCUGUUUAUUGAAAAUAAUACACAAUCUUCAACUUUAAUUCGUGCAAAUAGGUUGUUCGGAUCCUCCGUUGAUGUUUAGGACUACAAUUAAUCAUUCUCUUAACAUAUUUGCAUCCUGCCGGAUCGCCUUUAUAUUGCUAGUAAGUCAAGCAUUUUAAGCAAAGAUGGUGGCUAGCGGUGGAGUCCAGGAGGCGCGCUUCGCUCCAUUUGGGACUUGUCAGCUGGGUGCUCCCACGCCGCAAAGUUGAUGUGAAACCCGGGACUCUAAACCAGUACCGUCCACUUCAAAUGUCCUGGAGUGAGCACUAAGCUUGAUGUGCUGAUGUAUCCGGCUGACGAGUCCCAAAUAAGACGAAAUACACGUUCUGGAUUCCACUGUUAGUGACUAUCGAUCUUUGCUUGAAAACCCACAAUCUAUAAUAAAAUAGGCGUUUUUUUUAUUGAAUUCAAAGAUCAGCACAAUGAAGCAAACUAAAAUUCUAUCUACUUUUAUAUUCGUAUUAUUAAAAAUUUCCAGUAAUUGAUGCCCACCGCUACGAAUAUUUUUAACAAGACAAUUCAUGAUUCCGUAAAAGCCACAAAAGAAAAAGUGGUUUUAAUGACAAUAAAUUCAUUCCGAGUCUCACUGAAUAUUUACUUAGUUAUUUUUCCAACAUAACAAAAAAACAAUGAGACUGGAUUAGAACACGUAAUCGAACCUCAAUUACACGAGAGCUAUUGUAUUAUCUAAAUAGAGAAUUGAUUAUUUUCCUAGAAUGUCUAUAUUGGACCCAUGACAUUCUGUUAACCAAUAAACACGAUGAUAGUGAGAUAGAAAUAUUGAUCGGCUAUAGGUGAACGAUGUAGUUCUUCUACGCUUGCAGUCUCGAAAUCCAGAAUAGAACACAGCACAACAAGUAAAUAACUUCUAAUUGUAUGGUUCCGAAUAUUUAGCCUUGAUUUUUACCCAGUCAUAGUAGUUCUACUUGACUCUUGUUGUGCAUAUAACAAAGUCACAGUUAAACUAACCAAAUAUAAUAAAUUUUCGAAAGUUGCUUUGCCAGAACAAAGAAGAAAGAAUCUUGUGGUGAGAGAUGUAUAAACUUAUUAUUACCAGAUUAUUGCAACAUCAAAACCUUUGUGACGAAUGAAAUUACACUUUUUAUUGUGAUCGAACAAGUUCCACACAUCAACAGUAUUAUCCAGAACAACACAGCUUCCUAUAGAGUUUAAUUGAGAAAGUUUGAAGUGUCAUAUUAAGAUUUGUUGUAGAAAACCAUUUUAGCGACUUGUAUACAUGAAUGUUAGGCGAUAUCACUACAUAUUGACGUUGGACACCGGGAAAACCAAUAACUACGGGCUUGAAUUUGAAAUGCCUAAAUGACGAUCAAAUGUACACUGAAAGUGUCUGUAUUAGAUUGGCCAUUCAAAGGCUUGUAAUACAGUAAACUGGAGGUAGACUGGAAACAAUCGCUAUUACAUUGAGACGUG